AUGGCUUUGAACAGGAUGAGAAAUGCGUUCGCGCCCCCGCGGAAGGGAGAGACAUUUGAACUCAGGGCCGGCCUGGUAUCACAAUAUGCCUAUGAACGCAAGGAAGCAAUUCAGAAAACCAUCAUGGCCAUGACAUUGGGAAAAGAUGUCUCCGCGCUCUUUCCUGACGUUCUCAAGAACAUCGCUACCGCAGACCUGGACCAGAAGAAGCUGGUAUACUUAUACCUCAUGAACUACGCCAAAUCACACCCAGACCUUUGCAUCCUCGCCGUCAACACUUUCGUACAGGACUCCGAAGAUCCCAAUCCUUUAAUCCGUGCUCUCGCCAUCCGCACAAUGGGCUGCAUAAGAGUGGAUAAGAUGAUUGAUUACAUGGAAGAGCCACUUCGCAAAACAUUGAGCGACGAGUCUCCAUAUGUGCGGAAGACAGCUGCGAUAUGCGUGGCGAAACUUUUCGACCUGAAUCCCGCCAUGUGUCUUGAGAAUGGCUUCCUUGAAAGACUGCAGGAAAUGAUUGGCGAUCCGAAUCCCAUGGUGGUCGCUAACUCGGUCCAAGCGCUAGCAGAGAUCAACGAGUCUGCCCCCGAGACAAACGCCCUUCAAAUCACGCCCAACACCUUGAAAAAGCUGCUUAUGGCACUGAAUGAAUGUACAGAAUGGGGGCGGGUCACAAUUCUCAGCACUCUGGCAGAUUACAAGCCGCAUGAUGUCAAAGAAGCAGAACACAUCUGUGAAAGAGUGGCUCCUCAAUUUCAGCAUAUCAAUUCUAGCGUCGUUGUCUCUGCCAUCAAGGCCGUCUUCAUGCACAUGAGACAACUUCCUUCCGAUACGCAAAAGUCCUACCUCAAAAAGAUGGCGCCACCCCUGGUAACGCUCGUCUCCUCGGCGCCAGAAGUUCAAUACGUGGCACUGCGAAACAUUGACCUCUUGCUUCAGAAACAACCCGAUAUUCUCAGCAAGGAAAUCCGAGUGUUUUUCUGCAAAUACAACGACCCGACCUACGUUAAAUUCCAGAAGCUUGAGAUCAUGGUGCGGAUUGCGAACGAGGCAAAUGUGGACCAACUACUUGCCGAACUCAAAGAGUACGCCCUAGAGGUGGACAUGGAUUUCGUCCGAAGAGCGGUCAAGGCCAUUGGACAAGUUGCGAUCAAGAUUGAAAGCGCAAGCGAACGAUGUGUCAACGCCCUUCUGGACUUGAUCAACACGAAGGUCAACUAUGUUGUACAAGAAGUCAUCGUGGUCAUCAAGGAUAUCUUCAGGAAAUAUCCUGGCUACGAAGGAAUCAUUCCCACACUAUGCAAAUGCGUAGAUGAACUGGACGAACCCAACGCCCGAGGCUCCCUCAUCUGGAUCGUUGGGGAGUACGCUGAGAAGAUAAGCAAUGCUGGCGACAUUUUGGGUGGCUUUGUCGACGGCUUCGCAGAAGAGUUCGCGCAAACGCAGCUGCAGAUCUUGACUGCGGUGGUGAAACUUUUCCUGAAACGACCACAGGCUGCCCAAGGCUUGGUUCAAAAGGUUCUUCACGCAGCGACGGCCGAGUCGGACAACCCAGAUAUUCGAGAUCGUGCCUACGUUUACUGGCGACUUCUUUCAAACACAAGCGACCCGAAUGCGCCCAAAAAUAUUGUCCUGUCUGAAAAACCGCCGAUUACGACGACCAUCCAAUCAUUACCUCCAGCCUUGCUUGAAAGAUUAAUUGCUGAAUUGUCAACGCUGGCUUCCGUAUACCACAAACCGCCCGAGCAAUUUGUUGGCCAGGGACGCUUUGGCGCCGAUGCAGUACAACGGGCGGCGAUUGAAGAGCAAAUGCAGAAUGCAAGAGAAAACCCUCUUGCAGCCGCGGCUGCAGCUGCGGCUGUGCAAGGCAAAUUACCCGAAGCACAGAGCAACGUGGAGAAUCUUCUUGAUAUUGACUUCGACGGUGCCGCACCGGCCUCGGUAUCUGAAAAGCCUGCAAACGGUCUCUCCGGCCUCGAAGGCCUUGCCGGGACUCCUCAACGGGUUGACUCUCCACCUGCUGGUCAAGCCCCUGCAGGGAACAAUAUGGACGAUCUGCUUGGCGUAUUCGGCAACGGAUCAUCUUCAACGUCAAAUACAGCGGGAUUUGGAGGCAUGUCUAAUAGCGACAUUAUGAAUGGCUUUGCGUCGAUGGAUUUGUCAGGGUCUCAACCACCGCCAGCGAAACAACAACUGGAUAACGCCUCUGCGAAGAAGACAAAUGAGGAUUUGCUAUCACUCUUUUAG